AUGUAUAGAGGUCGCAACGCCGCCGCGAACGGGAAGAGCAAACACGAAUCUGCCAAGUGCCAUGAGGAAAAAAACGCGCAGGGAGACAAGUCCAUGUACGUGAACAUCUCCUACCACGUCCGGAAAUUAUUUAGCUACUGCGACGCGGACAUACUCAGGAUAGAGCACAACCUACUCAUAUAUAACAGCCUAAUUGAUAAUAUAAAAAAAAAUGGAAACAAAAUUGUAAAAAAAGAGGUGGAAAAAAUAAUCCGGGAGAAGGAAAAAAACGAAAAUUAUUGCCUAGCCGAAAUGAAGGAAGAGGAACACAGGAUAAGUAACUUUGAUUUGAAAAAGGUGGAGCUAGAUUUCAAAUUCAUCGAAUGUAGCUUAUGUUUUGAGUUAAUAAAAUUUGUGUGCAUACAAGAAUGCAACCAUACAUAUUGCUUCCUAUGCUUUUAUCGCCUCUUGUAUAUGCAAAAGAAGGAGAAGGAUGAGGACGAGGAGAAUAGCAGAGCGGUCAACGCGAACAGCGGCAAUAGUGCGUACGCGAAUUAUAUAAACAGUCGUAGCAGAGUGGGCAAUAGGAAUAGAAAUAAUUAUGCCUACCCAGAUGAGUACCGAGGGGGGAGGGGAGGAGGAGCAGCAGGAGGAGGAGGUUCAUCUGUUGACAUCUCCAGACCGACGAGCGACAAACGAAGGGAUGGAAAGGACGAAAAAUAUAACUACGAAUUUGAUAAGGAUACCAUGAAGUGCCCAUUCUGUAAAGAAAGAAAUGGGUACAUAUUUUUUUGUUUAAAUAAUUUCUAUACGUAUUUUACUUACGACAAUUUGUUGCACACUCUGCUUGAACAAGAAGACCACGAGCGGUACGUCAGCUACGAGUCGUCUCAGUUUGCGGAGCUGAAUGGGAGCAGCUACCACAAAAGGGAGGACCUCGCCGGGAAGGGUGCACAGGGAGGCGCCACCCCCUUGACUGACUCCACGCGCAGUAUUAUUUCGCUCAACACGGCGGCGCUGUGUGCCCACAAAGGGUUAGACGGGUUAGACGGGUUAGAAGGGGAAGAAGCAGAAGAGGAUGAGGAGGAAGAAGCGAAAGAAGCACCUAUGGGGGGAAUCCCCGCAGUGAACCCAGGCCAACCCCCCCCAAAGGUGGAAAGCCGAAAGGGAACAAACUCAUUUUCCGUCAGAGAAAAGGGCAGAGAGAAAGGCAGAGAAAAAGAUAGCGAAAAAGAUAGCGUAAAAGAAACGGAUGGGCACCCCCCCAGCAGAGAACAAAUAAACUGCCUGACCAAAAAUGACAUCAAGAAGGUGUUCUCCUCCCACUAUGAUGACAUCAUAAUUUUGCGAAACAUUUUAAAAAAAAACGUAGACAAUAAUGCAAAUGAAGGAAACAGCAGCACAGCCAAAAAAGGGGAAAAUCUGUACUUGUUUUUUUAUUACGAAAAGUAUAUUAAAAGGAAAAGAGAGAAAAUAAAGUACCUCUUGAACGGAGGAGUGAAUACAGAAAAGAGGUAUGCAUUUUAUGCAAAAAUAUUUGUAGACACAGAAAGGAAGGUGUUCUACGAGUAUUUUUACAUUUACAGUCUGUCAACCCUGUUGACAAGUUACGUCUGUUUGCUCUCUCCUUGUAUCGAUUAUUGGACCCAAAUUUUAAGUAAAAAAGUGGAAAAAUUUAAACAAAAUCAUCGCGCAGAUAAGUACUUUGAACGCAUUUACAUAAACAACGAAAGAGAAAUUUUAAGAAAAAAAAACGACUCAAUAUAUGACAAGUAUCAACAGUAUGCGAAGAAGUUAUUUCGCAUAAGGGAUGAAGAGUCAGAGCUAUCCGAUGACUAUUUCCGAGCGGUGGAUCUCUUUACCAAGACGUGCUUCACCAAUUUGGAUAACAUAAAUAAUAUUAAUGUUUUGAAGAGCUACUGCCAUAGGAGGUUAAACGAGUUAUGUAGGCACAUGAAUGAGCAUAGCAAGACGUAUUGCGACAUUUGCGUUGGGAACAGCGAUAAUAUUUUCCUCUUUGAGUAUAAUAUAUUUUUUAAAAGGUUUAUAAAAAUGCAUGUUGAAAAUGGAGAGAAAAUUUCGGAGAAUAAAUUUAAAAUAAGGCACAUUUAUUGCCAUCUGUGCGGGUUUUACCUCUACGAUUUUGAUACGUUUAUGAAUCACAUUAACAAGUACCACUUUUUUUGCAAGUUUUGCUUUAAUAAGAGGCCCAGCGACAGCAAGGAAGCGCCCAAGGGCGACUUGGAGGAGGACGUCGUCUACUACGACCAGCUGCACACGCACGUCUACCGGGACUACGAAAACCUGUUCGAGCACUACAAGAAGAAGCACCACCCCUGCUUGUACGAGCAGUGCAUCUUCGUCGUCUUUGACAACAAAAUCGACCUGUGCUUCCACCUUGCGGAGAAGCACGAGGAGAAGGGGAGCAACAAGAGGAACAAGAUAACCUUUUCCAUCGCGGGGGCGUCCUACAACGAGAUAAGAAGUGGUGCCCACAACGGGGUGGGUAGCUACAACGCGGGAGCCAGCAGCUACAACACUGGGGUGGGUAGCUACAACACUGGGGUGGGUAGCUACAACACCGGGGCGAGCAGCUACAACACUGGGGUGGGUAGCUACAACACCGGGGCGAGCAGCUACAAUACGGGGGCGAGCAGCUACAAUACGGGAGCCAGCAGCUACAACGCGGGGGGGAGCGCCCCGCACAACCACCGCCUCGACGAAGACGACCUCGCCGGAGAGAGCAAAGAACCCUUUGACGUGAACAAACACAAGUGCAUUUACAAUUUUAAAACGUUCCAAGACUCCUGGUACUUUGACUAUUUCAUCGAGUGUAAAGUGAAAGAUUUUCUAACCCAUUUUGGAAGCAGCGAAAAGAUCUUCUUCCUCUACAUCGUCAAGAGAGACAUGGAGAUCAUUUUGAGGGUCUUCGAAACUUUGGCUAGUAAAAAAUCAGAAUUGUAUUUUACGCAGGAGGAGAUAGUACAGCUGAACAAGAAGGUAAUUGAAGAGGACUUCCCCCAGGAUAGGAACAACUUCUUUCAUUUCAAAUUAUUUUUUGACUACAUUUUGGAGAAAAUAGAGUACUUAUCUUAUAAUAAGGAGGACUUGGAAAAGAAUUAUUUGUACCUCUUUUUUAACAUCAUCAUUAAUAGGUCCUUCAUUUUGUACUAUUCGUUUUUUUACCUCUUCUUGAAGUCGAGGCAUGUGCGCCUGGAGAAGGUGAUUGAGUUUGUCAGCGGUGCGUCGGCCACUAGCAGUAGCAUUAGCAGUCGGCGCGGUGCAAAUGGCGGAACAGGCGGCGGCCCCCAGAACAGCGCGAAUAGCGAAAAAACCAGGCACAUUUACCUGUGCUCGCACGAAAUGACGCAAGUGAAGAAGCGGGUAGAAGCGGAAGCCAGCGGUGGCCCCAUCGAACUGAGCAAAUACGGCUUCCUCUAUUUGAUCUUUUUAUUUUUUAAAAUUGACAAGCAUGGAUUUGAUAAGGUGUACCUCCUAAUGAGGAACAUUUCGCACCUCUGCAGUGAGACGUACGAUCGGGUAGAAAAGGCGACCAAGAAGGGGGGGGGCACUUCCUCCGCGAGGGAUGCACACAAUGGAGGAGGCUCCAAGUCGAGUGCGCCGAAAAGUAGCCCAAGUGCGCUCAAAAGCAACCCCAAUACUACCCAUAGCAGUAGCAACAACAGCAGUAGCAGCAUUCUAAUAGCGCUAUCCGCACACCAAGGUGAAAGGGGAAAGAGGGACGUGCGAAAUGGAAACACCCUGUUAGAUGCAAUUAACAUCAGCAGUAGCAACGAAUUGAACGAACUGGAAGAUAUCAACCAAUUAAUUAAAAAGACCAUGAAGAAGAAAAACCCAAACAGCAAUAUAAUAAAUAAUUUAUAUGAUAAAAAAUGGGAUGUGUCCAAAAAAGUGGUGCUCGAUUUGCUGUACUAUGUAGAACCCAGCUUGAACUUGGUUUCUUUUUUUUACCUUUUUCUGAGUAACUACUUUUCAGCCUACAUGAAGGACCCCUGUAUAAAUAAGUUUAUUAACAUCUCUAGUGAAAAUAAGAAGAAAAUUGUUAAGAGAAUCUCCAACGAUGUUGACUUGUCAUCUCUUACCAGCAUCUCCAAAAAUUUGAGUUCCUUCGUGAAUGCGAAGGCUCUGGAGGAGUGCUUGUCCACGGGCCCAGAGUACUACCGAAUUAGGAAGGACAUAGAGGUCAUUCUACGCAAAAUGCGUAGUGAGCAGGCUGACAGAGGGGGGAGCGAUCAUCAGUACCAUCGCGACCAGCGUGAUGGCCACCUAAAGCGGGACAAACUAUCGCAAGACGAAAAAAAACAUCACGUGAGAAGCAUCGACGAUACGAGGUUGAAUGCAAAUCUGUAUGAUGUCUCCCUUUCGCUUAGGAACCGAUUUUUAAACAUAAUAAAAAGUACCAAGGUGAAUGAGUUGUAUUUUAUUUAUUUCUACGUCAGCAGUAUAAUGGCUUGCACCUCCCCACGUAGCUUACCCAAAGCGGUGGACGAGUUCCCCACGCUGAAGGAUAGGUCCGAAUGGGUGAACGAGCGCAGUGGGGGGGCUGGCGCCACAGGCACCACGUCCAACCAUGCCAAUCAUAGCGGCCUAACCAGGGCAAGUAACCUGGCGAGGAAUGGCACAGUGAACACGGCAAGUAGCAUCGGGAAAGGCACAACGGCUGCGGGAAAUAAUGCCUCUCUACCGUCUUCGUACAAAAAUAAAGUGGAUAAAAAUAAGCAGCUGUUUUCAAGCUCCUCCAGAAUGAACAUAGAUUUGGAGUUCCCUCCGCUGCCAGAGCAGAAGCAGGAAGAGGUAAUUCAGGCACCGCCGAAGGGGGGCACGUCUAAGAAGAAGGGAGCAAAGGAAGGUGCCGCGGCCACUAAAAGUGCCAUAACCGCUAACAGCUCCGCGGCUACGGGGAAAGCUGCAAACAGCCAGGUGCUAACCAACAGCUUGAAAAAAAAAAAAGAAAGUGAGGCGAAUUCGUUAGAAAAUAAAAACAGAAGCAGUGGCGGCACUCCAGAUUUUAGCUUUGCCAACUACCCGCUACUAGCCGGAAUUAGCGUAGACUCCAGUUCAGCCAAAAAGGGGAAAAGCAAAAGUAAGGACACUGAGGAGGGGGCGGAGAAGGAUAAACAGUCCAAAUCUACAUCAAAAGAUAAGACUAGUGCAUCUAAAAGUAAAAAGAGUCGUGAUAUUCUAAAAACGUUUAGUCCUCUUGAAUUUCCCUCUCUGCUUCCCACAACCCCAGUGGAUGAGCAGAAAAAAAAAAGCAACCAAAGCAGUAGCAACAUUGCGAGUGCUAACAGUGUGGGUAGCAAAACCAAGCCGGAGAAGCAGAAGAAAGAAAGUGCAAAGAAAAUCAUCGACAAUCAGUUCUACCAUCCAACGCUCUCUCUCAACAACAUGUCGUAUUUAAACGUCCCCGAAAGUAACGUCACCUACACCAUUAAGAAGAAAAAUAAGCUAAAGAGGUGCAAUAUGUGCACGUAUGAAAAUACGCCCGAACGGACGAGGUGCGAACUGUGCGAAAGUCCCUUAUGA